ACCGGGAAAAGCCGAAAGACAACAACAUUAGAGAAGUACCUCAAAGUAGCAAAUCCCGCCCUAAACACGCCUCCAGGCCGACAAUUGCUGGAGGCGUGCUGAAUAUUCAUUCAUUUGCGAAGUACUGAAAUGAAUAUUGAUAAAGGGGUUCUUUUUUGUUAUACCGACUGUUAUAUUUUACUGGUACGUCUCUAAUAUAAUGCCCCCUUCCCCUUCUUUACAAGUGUUGUGCAACAGUUUUUUACUUUGACACUAUACCAACUUGUGGACUGUGUUUUACUUCCAUCGAUGCAUGUACUCCAUGCAAACAAAACUUUUCCCCGACCAUCUAUGCAGCAAAUAAUGCUCAACCAUAGUACCUCCAAAUAUCGCUUAUAUAAUUUCGGCGACAAUGGUGUGUAGACGUCAUCAUUGUGCGCUAGCAUAUGGAGUGUAAACUGACAUAUCACAUAAGCACGAGUAUGAAUUAUUCAGCUUGUGUCACAUGUGUAUAGUGCAAGUGUGCAACGCAACGGCAAGAAUGCUAUAGUAAUGACAAGGCUUUCUGAUGAUUGUGUGUGGCCGCUGCCUUUACUGGUUUGCAGCAUGAAUACCUAACUGUCUUAACUGAUUGCUGUGGUGUUUGCAUAUGUUCUUCUGUUAGUAAACGCUGGGACCGCGUGAACUUGCACUUGUGUGUACAGUUUAUCUUUAUUUUAAAUUUGGGUUGAAGCAAUCAGUGUGCGAGUGUGAAAAUGCUGCAGCAGUUGGUCCAGGGUGUAACUACUGAAGAAGAAUUCUUGCUUAUUCAAGAUCAAGCAGAAUGCAGAGGGAGAAUGUUACUGAAGAGUAUAGUUCGCUCAUCUGGUUUGCGAGGUGAAAAGGUCCAUGUAUUUGGGUUUGAAGUAUCAGAGGAUGAAUUUCGGGCAGAGUUACCAGAAGACGCAGAUUCAUGGUUGGUAUUCCAUGAUGGCUACUGGGACACACGGAACUGGAAUCAGAGUGCAGUAGUUGCAGUUGACAACUUCGACCUCCAUAAUAUCCUGAGCCACAUCAAACCCUCACAGGGAGCCACAGAGCAGGCAGUUGCAGUUGUCUUAGACUCUCUCAGCUGGAUUUUGUUACACAAACCAGUAACAACCAUCUGUCAUCUUUUGCAGCACUUGAGCAGAACAGCUGCUGGUAUGGGGCUGAAGGUAAGGAGGAUUGUGGGCCUGCUGCAUGGGGACCUGCAUGAGCCAGGAAUUCUGGCAAGUAUCUGUCACUUGGCCAGCACUGCCAUCAAGGUACUUCCUCUGCCUGAUGCCGGUUCAGUGAAGAGUAAAGGUUCUUGUGGUCUGGCAGCUGUUCGGCACAUAAAGAAAUCUGGUAAAGUUAUUUAUAAGGAAGAGUACUUUACUGUCCUUGAGAACUGUGAACUAAAAUUUCUUGGAGAACAUAACUUGGAACCAGAUUACCAGGAAGAAGACACAGAUAAGACUGACCCAGCUGCUAACUUGACCUUUAACCUCCACCUGUCUGACCAAGAACGAAGAGCAAAAGAGGAAGUUCCACUGCCAUUCCAUUUUAGCAUGGAGAAGAAGUCUUCUUUACUCCAGUCUAGCAAAGGACAGGGACUAAUUUACUAUGAACCAGAUGCUGCAGAUGACAUAGACGAUGAGGAUCCUGAUGAUGACUUGGAUUUUUAAGGAACAGCAGGAUAUGCAGAAGGAAAUCUGUAUGGUCAAUCUUUAUCGAACUCUUAGUCAAGCACAUGCCUAUAUUUAUUUCCCUGGUAGACAUUUGUGUUUUUUAUGGACAAGAAUCCCUGGGAAUCCAGGGAAGAAUGAACUAAAUCGAUACCCGCACAUGCAUUUUGUUCCCUAAAUGUACUGGUUUAUGGUAAAGUGAGAUUGUAAAGGACACAGGAGCAAUUUAUGUCCUGUGCGCAAGGCACUAACCAUUGCACUAGGAGUGGUUCUGUUUUACAGAUGAAAACUACUUUUGUCUUUUUGCCAAAUGAGAAACUGAUGGGAAAUCAUUCAGAUCAGACUGAAAACAAAAGUGAAACUCCUGCGUUAAAUCUUAAUACAAAAAGAGUAUUUUGAAUUUGAACUGUUACCUCUAGAAAUAAGGAUAAGUAACUCAUUAUGGAUUUUCAAGAAAUCAUUGGAUACUUGAAUAGAUAAUGUCAUCUAUUCAAUUACUCUAGAAUCUGUGUUGUAAAUGGCCUAAUCAUCCAUGGUAUCCAUCACCUAUGCAGAUUGUUAUUGCUUUCAGUGUAGUCCACAUGAAUGGAAAGCUUAGAAAUUCUUUUGAAGCAGGGAGUGGUUGUGUCAAUUUAUCCAAAAAGGGUCAUUCAGAAAGUGAAGAAAUGGUCAAGGCAUCUUGCUAGAAUUUGGAGUAGGCUUUUGUUGUGUGUGUUUACAUUAUGUUUGGAAAGUUUUUGGGGCUGGAGGGGUGUGUCUAGAUGUGGGUGCUAAUUACUAUAAGUGGCACUUAUGUAAAACCAGAUUUUGAAUAAACUCUUAAAAGUAAAGGUAAAAGAAAAAAAUAGUGGAGUCUACUGGAGUUAUCCCAGAUUUUUUUAAAGAACUGUUUUGAACUGGUAUUCAUUCUAACAAAUCAUUAAAAAAUUGAGUAAUACCUGAAGGGAAUGUAAGA